CCCGGGGGGGGCGGGGGGGGUCAGCGCCCCCGGGGCGGCGGGGCUGGGGCAGAAAGCGGGCAGCCGCCGCGCAGGCAGGAUCCGGAGCGUGGGCGGGUCCCCCAAGGAUGUGGCUGCUCCGGCUCGCCUGGGCGCUGGCCGUGCUGGGCGUCGUGGCCGGCACCGACCCCAGCCCCAGCCCCACCGUGCCGCCUCCGGACAAGGCCUCCAUCUUCGCCGACCUGUCUCCGGCGGAGCUGCGUGCCGUGCGGACCUUCCUGAUGAGCCGCCCGGAGCUGGGGCUGUCCCCGAGCCGUGGGGAGCCCCUGGCCAAGAACAGCCUCUUCCUGGUGGAGCUGCUGCCCCCCAAGAAGCGGCUGGCCCUGCGCUACCUGGACCAGGGCGGCCCCCGGCCCCAGCGCCAGGCUCGGGCCGUCGUCUUCUUCGGGGGGCAGGCGGAGCCCAACGUCACCGAAUUCGCCGUGGGGCCCCUGCCCCAGCCCAGCUUCUACCGGCCGCUGCACUUCAAGGGGGGCCGCACCGUCCCCUUCGCCGCCCGGCCCAUGACCCAGCUGGAGUACGAGCUGCUGCACCGCGCUCUGGCCGAGGCGAUGGAGCCGCUCCACCGGCUGCUGCGCGACGCCACCGGCUUCGGCUACCACCGCAACUGCUCCCGGCACUGCCUGACCUUCUCGGACAUCGCGCCGCGGGGGCUGGCGCCCGGCGAGCGCCGCAGCUGGCUGGUGCUGCAGCGCUUCGUGGAGGGCUUCUUCCUGCACCCGGUGGGGCUGGAGGUGCUGGUGGACCACCGGGACCCCGACCCGCGGCGCUGGGCGGUGCAGCGGCUCUGGUACAACGGGCAGUACUUCUCCAGCCCGCAGGAGCUGGCCGAGCGAUACGAGCAGGGGACGCUGGCGGUGGCCCGCCUGGCCGAGCCCCCGUUCCGGCAGCUCUUCUCCAGCUACGAGCCCCGCGGGCGCUUCGCCACCGGCACCCCCACCGAGGUGCACGGGGCCAAGGUGUGCGAGCCCCAGGGCCGGCGGUACCGGCUGCGGGGCAACCAGCUGGAGUACGGGGGCUGGAGCCUGGCCUUCCGCCUGCGCUCCUCCGCCGGCCUCCAGCUCUUCGACCUGCGCUUCAACGGGGAGCGCCUGGCCUACGAGGUGAGCGUGCAGGAGGCCAUCGCCUUCUACGGGGGCCACACGCCGGCCGCCAUGCAGACCAAGUACAUGGACGCCGGCUGGGGCAUGGGCUCCGUCACCUACGAGCUGGCCCGCGGCAUCGACUGCCCCGAGGCGGCCACCUACCUGGACGCCCACCACCUCUACGACACCGACGGGCCGGCGCGCUUCGCCAGCGCCGUCUGCGUCUUCGAGCUGCCCACCGGCGUCCCGCUGCGCCGCCACUUCGACAGCGACUUCCAGGGGGGGUUCCACUUCUACGCCGGCCUGGAGGGGCAGGCGCUGGUCCUGCGCACCACCUCCACCGUCUACAACUACGACUACAUCUGGGACUUCCUCUUCUACCCCAACGGCGUGAUGGAGGCCAAGGUCCACGCCACCGGCUUCAUCCACGCCACCUUCUACACGCCGCAGGGCCGGCGCUACGGCAGCCGCGUCCACAGCCACCUCCUGGGCAACCUCCACACCCACCUGGUGCACUACAAGGUGGACCUGGACAUCGCAGGCACCGGCAACAGCUUCGAGACGAUGGACGUGCGCUUCGAGAACAUCUCCAACCCCUGGAGCCCGGGCGCGCGCGUGGUGCAGCCGUGGCUGCACCGGCAGCCCCGCCGCAGCGAGCGCCAGGCCGCCCUCCCCUUCGGCAAGGCGCUGCCCCGCUACCUGCUCUUCUACAACCCGCACCGGCGCAACCGCUGGGGCCACCCGCGCAGCUACCGCAUCCAGCACAGCUCCCACGCCGGGCGGGUGCUGCCGCGCGGCUGGCAGGAGGAGAAGGGCAUCUCCUGGGGCAGGUAUCACCUGGCCGUGACGCGGCACCACGAGAACGAGCCCAGCAGCAGCAGCAUCUACACCCAGAACGACCCCUGGGAGCCCGCCGUCAACUUCGAGAGCUUCAUCCGCAACAACGAGACCAUCGAGGACCAGGACCUGGUGGCCUGGGUGACCGUCGGCUUCCUGCAUGUCCCGCACGCCGAGGACGUCCCCAACACGGCCACCCCCGGCAACGCCGUCGGGUUCUUCCUGCGCCCCUUCAACUUCUUCGACGAAGACCCCUCGGUGGCCUCGCGCAGCGCCGUCAUCGUCCGGCCGCUGGACCCCCCCACCUUCUCCCAGCUGGAGAUCCAGCGCUGGACGCCCGCCAGCCCCGGCCCCUGCGUCGCCCCGGAGCCCUUCACCUACAACGGCACCUACCGGCCCGAGUGACCCGCCCCGGGGCUGCCGGCGGCCCCGGCACCCUGUGCCGCGCAGGACCGGGGCGGCCGCGGGGGACGCCGAGGCGUGGGCCACGCCACGCCGCGCCGUACCGCGUCCCGGGCUCAGUAAAGGCGAUGCCACCUC